AUGGGCUAUCUACAAAAGCUGUUCCCACCGUACUACAAGUACUCUGUUUUCCUUUUCGUCGGAUUCGAAUUCGUUUAUUCGGCGUUCGUGCUCGCCAUCUCCGAGGCCUACUACAAAUCCGCAGCACUCAUCCUCCCCAUUGCAUAUAGGUUUGUUCCUGUUUCAAUUCAAAAACAGUGUCAAUUGCAGAAUGUUCGACGACACUGUAAAGAAGAACAAAGCAGGAUUUGAUUGGUCGCCGGAAGAGAGAGAUAUUCUGGAAGUGGUUAGUAGUGCUUGUGAAUAUUGUAAGUAUCCUGAAUUGAAGUGUUUCAGUACAAACUACAAAUGCUUCUACUUUGGGUCAUUUCAACGAUCGGCGUCAUACUCUGUAUGAUUGUAAUUAUUCCGCAGUUUUUUGAUUUUAAUGAUAAACGAGGAAACCCCAGUCACCUGGUAACCUGAUCCCACGCUCCGAAUCAAACUAAAGACUCAUAUCUAUUUCAGUGCCUCGUCCGACGCACUCUCGCUUGGCUGCUCUUUUUCAUCGUCGCCGUCUACGUAGUGGUGCUCGGAGUGGCCGUCUUCUGGGCUUGGCUCGACGGCGGAGCAGCCGCCCGACAUUUCCACACUCAUUUCGAAGGCGCCGAGAAGGAGGAGGUGUACAUCACAGAACUCGAGGAGGCAUUCGACUGCGAAUCGGACGACGAUCGAGAGGUUGCCAAUGAGCACGUGAGCAUGUUUUGUGGUGGUUUUCUCUGAAUUCAGAUGUGGUUUUGACUUUCUUCUUGCUCGCCAUACUCCUCUUUGCAUCCCUUCGAAGGGUUUGAAGCAUGUCCCGAGUGGAUUGAUGUUCUUUUGCCGUCUUGUGAUAGAUCUGACUUCCGAUUCGCUCUAUUCCACAACCGGAUGUUAUUUCCAGAUGUGUUGGCAACGGGUGAACAAGACAUUCGUCUCCGACACGUGGCUCGACAUUCUCUUCCUUGUGUACAUCGCUGGACACGGACUCGCCUUCCUGGCCAUUCCAUUCUUCAACAAACGUGAGGAAUUAAUGCGUGUACCACGUACCACGUCAUAAUAUUUCAGAACUCGUAAAAGACGACGACGACGACGACUACGUGUCUCCCCCGGCUGCCAAGUUGUUAGAUUCCUAA